GCGCAUGCGCAUUAGCGGGAGGCGGAGAGCGAUUCUGUUUGCGCUCAGUCUGCUGCUGCUGCCCUGUGCCCUCCAUCCUUCUAGCUGAGACGGACUAACACGGAGUGGGAGUUAUCCGACGAGGUCUGAGGAUAAUGGAGGAGCGGAUCCGCUGCCGAUGAAGGAAGUCUGACGUAGAUGCUGACCCAGAGGAGAGUCCUGGUAGCAGCACCAGCAGCAGCAGUUGUAGCAGCACCAGCAGAAAGGCUGUAGAUGCCCUCUCCUCAGGUGCUGCUCCAGCCCAGGCCUGUGCUGGAGAGCUGGGACAAAGAGGGGAAAGCUCCUGCUCUGACUCUGACAGCCCAAUAGACUCCAGUUCCAGUGAGGAGGAGACGGAGGAAACAGAAGAAGCUGACCCAACCAUGUUCUCCUCCAAAUUUCUCAGUGGGGCAAACCCCCUGAAUGCUAUGUCUUCUGCUGUGAAUAAAUUUGGUUUGUUUGGAGAUGAUGGAGAGGGGGACAAAAAGCCUCCUCCUAACCUGGGGAGGAAACCAUCGAGUGAACCACAACCUGGACCGGGCCCUGGUAAGGAUAAUAAACAGGAGCAGGUACCCCAAAAAUCCAUCCAGGGUCCCCCUAUGCAAAAGUCCCAGCCUCAUGCUAAACAGGGACUACCACAAGUUCAUGAAAAGGGACAGACUGCCCCCCCGACAAACAAACCUGCAGGACAACAAGCUAAAGAUCAACAACAGCAGGGUUCACCCAAGCCUGGAGUUCAACAGCAAGUUCAGAAAAAGAGUUUAGCACAACCGGAUUCCCCAAAACAGGUUCCACCCAGAAUGACAGAGCAACGGGAUCCAGCUAAGAGUGGCACACAAAGGCAAGAACCUGUAAAGACUGAGAAACAGGGGCCCACAAAGUCUGAGUCAGAGUUAGCAAGUCAACAGCAGUCCUCACCGAAAACUAGACUUCCAGCGUCACCUGAGAUGGGACAGAAAGGGGGCCGGAAUCCAAUCUCUGAUAAAAAACACAACAUAAAGGGACAAGGCACAACUGAAGUGACACCUGUAGGGUCUCCACCUUUGGGAGCAACCAAAGCCGGACCUCCGUCAAAAGCAAUUACUCAUCUGCUGUGCUCUGUAUGUAACACAACUAAACUUAAUAUCCAUACCAAGGAUCCACCCAACUAUAAAACCUGUACACAGUGUAAAACUGAGGUGUGCAGCUUAUGUGGCUUCAGUCCUCCAGGCGCUGAUGGUCGUGAGUGGCUUUGCCUUACCUGCCAAAUACAGAGAGCUCAAGGAACUUCAGAGCCACCAGGACCUCCCACCCAAACACCUCUAAAAGCAGGGCCUGGUCCUCAAAGCCGGACACCAUCACCAGGUGAAGCUAGAAAAAAAGACAUUUCAGGACCAGAUUCAUCACAGAAGGUGCUGUCUAAACCAAUAAAUGUGCCAGCUAAGGAUAUACCUCCCAAGGGACCAGAAAAUCCAAAUCAAGCCAGUGUUGGUCAAGCUCAGAAAACUACACCAGAGACUCAGAGGACAACGGGGUCUCCAAAACUGCGUCCAAGUGCUCAACCUGGCCAACCUCAAAAAAUUGUCCCUCCAGCUUCACCGAAAAUGUCUGGAGGUUUAUUUGGCUUUACUGGUGGUGCUAAAAAUGAAUCCUCAAAAGCAGAUGAGUCAGUGACUGGGAAGAUGUUUGGCUUUGGUUCUUCUCUUUUUAGUUCUGCAUCUACUUUAAUAGGUUCAACUGUUCAAGAUGAACCCAAAACGACACCACCAGUUUCUCCCAAAAGGCAGCCCACAAAGGACUCUAAAAUGCUUUCCGAUGAAAAGUCUGAACUGGAAAAGAAACAGCAGCAAUCUCGAGAGGCAAAGACCCAGUCGGCGGGACAGAAAGCAGAAAAAUCCUCUGUAGAGAUUUCAAAGGCAGCAACAUCAUCCCUCAAUUCCCCCAGUAUGGGCCAAUCCAGUUGUCCUAUUUGCAAGCAAGUCCUCAAUGUUGGCUCGAAGGAUCCUCCCAACUACAGCAGCUGCACAGAGUGCAAAACAACUGUCUGCAAUCAGUGUGGAUUCAACCCCAUGCCAAAUGUAAAAGAGGAAAAGGAAUGGCUUUGUCUGAAUUGUCAAGUGAAACGAGCUGCUGAAGGAGUUAAUCCACAAAAAGAGACGUCCUUGGUGAAUUCAUCUAAAAAGACAACAGCGGCACAACCCGCCUCUCAAAAGACUUCUGCCCCAAGUUCUCCUCAGAAAAAAAAAUCAACAGCAGAAGUACAGCAGGGUAAAAAAGAAGACCCGAAAAUAAAUAAGCAGGCUGGCAAAGGUCCUGGACCGAAAGCACCUCAAACGAACCAGAGAACCAAUCCUGAGAAACAAGCAAACCAUACCACUCAACCUCCACAACAAACAGAAAAGGCCAAAUCACAAGAGUCUGGUGGCCUUUUUGGUUUUGGUAAUCCUAAACAUCAAGGUGAUGCAGCAAAGCCUGCAGAAUCAGUGCCUAGUAAAAUGUUUGGGUUAGGCACUUCCAUCUUCAGCUCUGCUUCAACUUUAAUUUCUUCAGCUGUCCAAGAGGAUCCCAAAAUUAAAACUCCAGUUUCUCCCAAGAUGUCCCCUGCAAAGGAAUUAAAAUCAGCUACAGUCAAAAGGCUAGAACAGGAGGAUAAAGGGCAGCAGUUACAACAAGCCACAGGUUCCACAUCAGCUCAGCCAAAAACAGAUAAGCCUUCCUCAGAACUGCCAAAAAAAGAGUCAGUCUCACCAGUUAUUUCCAAGAAAUCUGAUUCAACGUGUCCCCUCUGCAAAGUGAAACUGAAUGUGGGCUCCAAGGAUGCUCCAAACUACAGAACCUGCACAGAGUGUAAAAGCAUCGUCUGUAACCAAUGUGGAUUUAAUCCCACGCCAAAUGUAAAGGAGAUGAAAGAGUGGUUAUGUCUGAAUUGUCAGGUGCAAAGAGCACUCGGGGCAUCUGAACCUCCAGGAACACCUGUAAUGAACCUACGGGCCUCUCCAAACAAAUCUCCUGUCUGUCCUGAUGCUCUUAAGACAAAAACUAUGGUACAACAGAAUACAGUUGCAAAAGAGUCCACCCCAUCUGGUUCCACUCAGCAGAAAUCUGAAAAACCAGCUGAGAAGUCAGCAAAUGCUGAAGACAAGAAAAGACCUGAAAGUCAGGAACGUGAAACUCCAGAAGCUGGUCAGAAAAGCCUAGAACAAGACCACAAGAAAGGACAACAUAAACCACCAGACCAGACUAGUCAAACUGAUAAGAAGAAGGGUAUUACAUCAACUAAAGAAGAAAAUGAAAUGCUUUUCAAAUCUGGUGCUUCCAAGGCUCAGCCUGAUGCUUCAAAACCUGCUGAGUCACUCGGAGGAAAAAUGUUCGGCUUUGGUUCUUCCAUGUUUAGCACUGCAUCCAAUUUUAUAACAACUGCAGUCCAAGAUGAAUCAAAAGCAAUGGCACCAGUUUCUCCCAAAAGUCCUAUUACAAAAGGAACCAAAUUAAUUAAUGGUCAGAAACAUGACUCAGAGAAGAAACCGGAACAAGGUCAGCAAACCAAAAGCUCUCCAAUGAUGCAAGCCAAAGUAGAAAAAGGUCCACCAGAACAUGUUAAGGAUUCAGUAAAUUCAGAUAGUCAAAAGGUCAGCCAGUCUACCUGUCCCCUCUGUAAGACUGAACUCAACAUUGUUUCCAAGGAUCCUCCAAACUACAACAAAUGCACAGAGUGCAAGACAACUGUGUGCAACCAGUGUGGAUUUACCCCAAUGCCAAAUGUGUCAGAGGUCAAAGAGUGGUUAUGUCUGAAUUGUCAGAUGCAAAGAGCUCUUGGUGCCUCCGAAGUCAUAGGACCUUCCAUAAAACCGGGAAUAGAAACAAACAAAGGUUCAAAAGAGGAAAGUCUAAAUAAAGAAACACCUGACAAAAAGGUGGGAGCCUCAGUGUCGGAGUUAUCUCAAAAGAAGGUGAGCUCCACACCUGGUUCUCCUCAGAGGAACAUGCAUGAGGCUUUAAAACCUGCUUCUAAAGAAAAAGAGGCUAAAACACAGCCAAGCCCAAGCACUGGUCAAAGUGUUCCAAAUAUGCAAAGUGUAACAAGUACACAGAAACACAUUGAAGGGACAAGGAAGUCUGAGCCCAAACACAACGAGGUAAAACGAGAAGCACAAAAGGAAUCAGAAAAAACAGCUGGCUCAACAUAUCCUGAAAAAGUGACUGAAGCUUCAAAAACAACCGAGUCCUUGGGUGGUAAAAUGUUUGGAUUUGGCUCAUCUAUCUUUAGUUCAGCAUCAAAUCUAAUAUCAUCUGCUGUUCAGGAAGAAUCACGGACUACACCACCUGCUUCUCGUAAAAUGUCUGCACCACCUCAAAUUUCUGGCAAGUUGUCUGUUUCACCCAAGAUUUCACCCAAAACUACACCACCGGUUUCUCCCAAAAUGUCCCCAAAAAGAGAGCCAAAUGUUCUACCUCAAAAAUCAGAGCAGGUAACAAAACCAGAGGAAUCCCAUCAGAAGAAAGAGGAGAAAUCUACAUCACAGCCACGUGUAGGAGUAGACCCUUCAAGAUGUUCUGAUGGAGGUGUAUCUACCUGUCCACUGUGCAAGGGGGAGAUGAACAUUGGCUCAAAGCACCCUCCAAAUUACAACACCUGCACUGACUGCAAAACUACAGUCUGCAACCAGUGUGGUUUUAAUCCCAUGCCUAUGGGCGAGGAAAAAGAAUGGCUGUGUCUUACGUGUCAGGUGAAAAGAGCAGUUGGACCCUCUGUACCAUCAGGGCCUACUGCUUCAAAGGCCCAAACUUCACCCAGUAAAUUUCCCUCACCUAUGUCUGCUCAGCUGAAAGACCCCUCCAAACUCACUGCUACUCUCAAGAAGGAUGAUGUACAUAGUGUAGAAAAAUGCUCUGAGCCAUCUGUACCUGAUGGGAAAAUUCCUCAAGAAAAAUUAAAAGCAGAUGAAAAUAAACAAUCAAAUCAGGCAAAUCAAACUGAACGCAGGCGGAGUAGCACUACUUCAGGAAAACAAGAGCCAGGGGGCUUUUUUAGUUUUAUUGAAUCUAAAGUUCAGCCUGACGCAGCAAAGACUGCAGAGUCAGCGAGUGUGAAGAUGUUAGGGUUAAGUUCUUCCAUUUUUGGCUCUGCUUCUACGUUAAUAACCUCAGCUGUGAAAGACCAGCUCAACACAACACCACCAGUUUCUCCAAAGAUGUCUCCCUCGAAAGAGAAAAAAUCUCCAGCCUCUCCAAAAGUAGACCAGGGGAGAAUGUCAGAACAGGAACGGCAGCCAGAGGAUCAACCAAAAACAAAUGAGAACAAGCCUUCUACUUCCCAAGAACCUGACCAGAAGAAGAAAGCAGGACCAUCCUUGCAGACAAAGACUCUACCACUAGCACAGGACAAAGUGGACAUCAGCCAGUCACAGCUUUUAAAGCCUGAAGUAGAUUCUCAAGAAAGUAUCAAACCAGACCAAGCCACCUGUCCUCUGUGUAAGAUCAAACUCAACAUAAACUCGAAGGAUCCGCCGAAUUACGAUAACUGCACUCAGUGCAAGAACAGAGUGUGCAACCAGUGUGGAUUUAAUUUGAUGCCAAACAAUACUGGGGUCAAGGAAUGGUUGUGUCUCACAUGUCAAAUGCAGCGAGCACUUGAAGUAACAGAUCCUUCUGGAGGAGUUGCUUCUUUCAAACCUCAGACACCAGCAGAACUCCAAACAGGCAUCAGCAGUCCAGUUGUGACUGAAAAGAAAGUCUUAUCCACACCAAAGUCAACUGAGAGCAAAUUGUCUGCACCUGCAGAGUCAGUUAUAUCUAAGACGGUUGCUAAACAAGUGGUUGAUAAAGAGGCCAACCCAGUUUCUUCUGAGAAAACCCCAGUAGAGCAGCAGCAAAUAUUAGCUCCCAGCAAAUCACCAAGUCAAAAAAGACAAGCUGAAUCUAAGCAGAGCAAUGUGACUGCAACGCAAAGAGAUUCGGGUGGCUUCUUUGGAUUAGGCGGAGGGAAAACUAAUGUGAACAAACCAGCAGACUCUGUUUCUGGAAAAAUGCUUGGCUUUGGCUCAUCCAUUUUUAGCUCUGCCUCCACCUUAAUAACCUCAGCUGUUCAAGAUCAACCUAAGACCACUCCACCAGUAUCUCCAAAGUUGUCCCCUGCAAAAGAGAUUAAGUCCCCUGCUGCCCAGGAUAUAAAGCAACCAGGUACUCAGCAGCCCAAGAAACCCGCUGUGGUGCAGAGCAAAGCCGACAAGGCUCAGUCAGUGGUUUCAAAGGACAAAGAAAGUGAUGUCAAACCCGGGACCAGCUGCUUGCUCUGUAUGGCUGAAUUGAACACGGGGUCAAAAGACCCACCUAACUAUAACACCUGCACUGAAUGCAAGAACACAGUCUGUAACCAGUGUGGAUUUGACCCCAUGCCAAAUCAGUUAGAGAUGAAGGAGUGGUUGUGUCUGACUUGCCAGAUGCAAAGAGCUGUGGCAGCAGCUGACUCAGUACAGCCUCCUGUCUUGAAAGCUCCUGCAUCACCUGGCAAAAUGUCUUCACCUGGCACUCCUAAGAAUGAUACGAGUAAUCAAAAGAAAUAUAGUAUUCCUAAAGAAGAUCCCGGAGUUAGUGGAAAAGCAAAAGAAGUGCCACAGCCAGAAAAACACACUUUGAAAACUUCUUCCUCACUGAUUUCUAAAAAUGAAGCAGCUGAAGCUGCAGUCCCAACAAAAGAUGAAAAAAACAGUUCACUCCAUGUUGAGGAUGUUUUAAAGUUGUCUGUACCUGAAAGUGAAGAGACAGGGCCUGUUAACUCUGAUGUCAAACAAUCAAUGCCUACUCAAUCUCCUCUUAUUACCACAGAUGAGAAUACCCCACAAUCAAAGGUGGAAUUAGAAAGCAAAGAGGAUAAAUCCAAACUAAAAAAACCAUCUGACAAAAUUAUCAAAUCAACAGAGGAAGAACAGCAUUUCGAAGCCAAAACACCCCAAAGGAAAGGCUUGGUGGUAGUUAUGAAACAAGAUGAAAAGCAGAAAACACAUGAUACAAAGAUACUAGACCAGGAGCCUGAAGCUACUCCAACAAAACAGAAUGAAGAUGAUAAACGUAAUAUAGAUUUGCCAAAACUAAGAGAUUCCCAAGAUGCACCCAAAAGGCUUCAAGCUGCUUGUCCACUCUGCAAAGUGGAGCUAAACUUUGAUGGCAAAAUCCCUUCCAAUUACAACACCUGUACAGACUGCCAAACCACUGUUUGCAACAAAUGUGGAUUUAGUCCAAUGCCUACCAUUUCUAAGGCAAAGGAAUGGCUGUGCCUUAACUGUCAAAUGCAGAGAGCUCUUGGAGCUUCUGAACCUCCAGGCCUCCCCAUGAUCAAAACACAACCUUCCCCAAUUAAAGAGAUCCCAGCCAAUAUACAGAAGAAAGAAACCCAAAGAGUAGGUGUUUCCAAGGAAGAGAUUUCUGACCCAGUGACUCUGAGUAAUGACUUUGCUAACAACAUUAUUGCCAGAGAAACAGAAAUAUGUCCUGUUAGUGGAGUAGCAAAAGAGGAUCCUUAUUCAACUGUUUCAACUGCUGAUAAAAGUGAUUCCCUGACUGCCACAAAAGCAGAUGGUUCAACAACUUUACAAAAGCCAUGUUUAGAUGAGACAAACGCACUGCCAAUUGCAAUAAAGCAAGAAACUGAAAAAGUUCCUGUUCCUAAAACUGAUGUUUCAACAGAUCAGCUGAAAGGAGGCUCAUUAUUCCAAAAGCCUCAACAAGCUUCACCUGCAAAUGAGUCUGUUUCUUUGCCAGAACAAAAUAAGGUGAAGCAACCCCCAACACAAACUCCAAAACCUGAGAGCUCUGCCAUCAAGUCUGCACCACCACCGGUUCAGGCUGUAAAAGCAGAGCAAAGUAACUUCUUUGGUUUUGGUGCUCCCAAAACACAGCCUAAAGCAGCAAAACCUGCAGAGUCUGUGACUGGAAAGAUGUUUGGCUUUGGUUCAUCUUUUUUAAGUUCUGCCUCUAAUAUGAUAACUGCAGCUGUUCAUGAUGAACCUAAAACUACGCCACCUACUCCUCGUAAGAUGUCAACCACAGAGAGAGUCUCUCCAAAGCCUACACCACCAGCCUCUCCUAAAACAUUACCUGCAAUGCCUGACAAAGGACCUCCUGUGCAGCGGAAUGAGGACAAGAAAUCAGAAAGACAUCAGCAGAAUAAAAUCCCCCCAGCUGAACAAGUCAAAAUGACCAAGUCACCAUCAGAAGUCUCUAAAGCUCAAACAAAUAAGCAAGAUACUUCAGAGUCAGAUCAGAUAAUGUGCCCAAUAUGUAAGAUCAAGCUUAAUUUUGACACUAAACACCCUGCAAAUUACAACACUUGCACUGAAUGCAAGACUACUGUGUGCAAGCAAUGUGGAUUUGAUGCAGUUUCAAAUAUAUCAGAGGUAAAGGAAUGGCUCUGUCUAAACUGCCAGAUGCAGAGGGCCCUAAAAGUGUCUGAAUCCACUGUAUCUCCUGGGGGAAAACAGAUAAAGAGCGACACACAGCUUCCUCUUGUGCAGAAGGAGAAACCUACAGUAAAUAAGAACAAUCAGAGAGAAGCCAUGAAAGCUACAACUUCAUUGCAAAAUGCUGCUACACCUCAGCAAGAUUCUGUGCAAACAUUACCGGUGGUUCCAGGUUCCAACCUGCAACAAGAUGAGAAACCACCACAACUUAAGAGUCCUCAAAAUGCAAAGCAAGAGCAAAAACCAGAUAUCACAAAACAAGAGGGUGGAAAACUACAACAACAACCUGGAAAGUUGGUCCCGCAGCAAACCAAAAUGGCUCCACCAGUUCAGUCUACUAAAAAAGAAUCUGGGGGCUUCUUUGGCUUUGGAGCCCCUAAAACAGCAGCUGCAGCAGCAAAAUCUGCUGAGUCUGUGGGUGGGAAAAUGUUUGGCUUUGGCUCAUCUUUUCUAAGUUCUGCAUCUACACUGAUAACCUCUGCUGUUCAGGAUGAACCUAAAACUACACCACCAACUCCAAGGAAAAUGUCCACCACAGCAACCACCUCUCCUAAACCUACACCCCCAGUAUCUCCAAAGAUAACACCUGCCAAAGAGACAAAAAUACCUGCUCCCCAGAAAUCGGAGCCACCUCAAGAGGACAAGGGUACUACACCACCUCAACAAGACAUGCCUUCUGCACCAUCUAAACAGGCCAAACCUACUCCAACCUCUCAACAGGAUAAGACUACUCCACAACCAUCACAAGAUAAGCCUGCUAUUCCACAUCCACAGGCUGAGCCUAUUCUUCCUCCACAGAAAGAAAAACCUACCCUUCCACCUCCACAGGUGAAGACUACUCCACCACCUCAACAAGAUAAGGACAAGCCUACUAAACAACCAUCACAAGACAAGCCUACUCCACCACCUCAGCAAGAUAAGCCUCUGCAUGCCAAGCCUAAUGCACCUAAUGCAUCCCAAAAGGAUGAGCAUAUUCCACUCCCAUCACAAGAGACGCUUACUCCACCAUCUCAGAAGGAUAAACCUACUCCAGAACCUUCACAAGAAAAGCAUACUCCACCAUCUCAACAGGACAGGCCUACCCCACCACCUCCACAAGACAGGCCUAUUCUUACCCCACAGCACGUAAUACCUACUCCACCACCUCCACAGGCCAAACCUAUUCUACCCUUACAGCAAGAAAAGCCUACUCCACCACUUCAACAAGAUAAACCCCUGCAUGCCAAGCCUAAUGCACCAUCUCAAAAGGACAAGCAUAUUCCAAUCCCAUUAGAAGAGAAGUCUACUCCGUCAUAUCAGAAGGACAAGCCUACUCCACAACCAUCACAAGACAAGCCUACUCCACCAUCUCAAAAGGACAAGCCUACCCCACCACCUCCACAAGUCAAGCCUAUUCCAUCAUCUCAAAAGGAUGAGCAUAUUUCACUCACAUCACAAGAGAAGCCUAUUCUCCCGCCUCAAAAGGAUAAGCCUGCCCCACCACCAUCACAAGAGAAGACUACUCCACCAUCUCAAAAGGACAAGCCUACCGCACCACCUCCAAUAGUCAAGCCUAUUCCAUCUUCUCAAAAGGAGGAGCAUAUUCCACUCCCAUCAAAAGAGAAGCCUAUUUCACCAUCUCAAAAGGACAAGCCUACCCCACCAUCAUCACAAGAUAAGCCUACUCCACCAUCUCAAAAGGACAAACCUGCCCCACCACCUCCACAAGACAAGCCUAUUCCGCCACCCCAACAGACAAGACCUACCACAUUACUGCAAGAAAAAGAAGAAAAGUUUCAACCAAUACCUGCAAAGCUGAACAACAUUGUUCCUAUACCAGCUGUGUCCACCUGUCCUCUUUGUAAAGCUGCACUUAAUGUGGGAUCAACAGAUACUCCAAAUUACAACACCUGCACUGAAUGCAAAAGCACAGUUUGCAAUUUCUGUGGAUUUAAUCCAAUGCCUCACACUUCAGAAAACGAAUGGCUGUGUUUGACGUGCCAAACUGAUAGAGCUUUGUCAGGGCAGCUGGGAGACUCAGGAAAAAUGUCCCAACCUUCACUUGUGCCAGCCAAAGCUAAAACCCUGGGGACGUCUGUUUCCGGAAUGACAGAUCCAGAAACUUCACCCAUAAAACCAGAGCCCACACCCGGAGCAAAACCCACAAAACCUGUUCCUCCUUCAGUUGAGGAUGUACAAACACUUCCAAACGUAAAAUCAAAUGUAGAACCUGCCAAGAUGGAAUCAAUAGUUACUGUUCCUUCCACAGAAAAUGAACUGGAGAGAAAACCCCUAGCCACCAUGGCAGAUGGUGCAUCUGUUGUCCCAGAAAAACUUUCUCUCACAGAUUCCCUUCAAGAAUCUUUCUUAACAGAGCCUGACGUGUCAAACACCAUUUCCUGCAUGGAAACUGUUAAAGAGGUUAUAAUGUCUGAAGUUGUUCUAGAGCAAAAAGCAAAGCCAGAGCUCUCUGUUGAAGGGAGUACAAGUGCUGAGGUGCAGACUUAUGAGCAUAUCAAGCUGAUGGACACAACAUAUUCUACACAGGAGAAAAUGCAACCACCCUUGCCAGAAAAGGAGCUGGCAGUAGAGUCAGGGCGAAAAACAGCAGCUGGCAGCAAGGAACUGGAUAAGGCGACUGAAAAGGGUGCAGAAAUCUCCUCAACUCAACUUUCACAGACACUGUCUACAGAGACCGUAACAAAAGGUUCAGGUGUCACCAAUGAAGAUCCAGCAGAGGAGAAAAAGGUUCACUCUCACACUGAUCAAGGAACAAAUAAAGCCAGCUUGGGAAAAGAAGUGCAUGAUAAGGAUCAACCCCUGAUUAUACCUCUACUUCAGGAACAACCUGAGGGGAAGGUACAUGACCAAGACAAAGGUGAUUCUAGUGUGGAUUAUUCUAUGCCAGAAAAGGAGGGAGUUAAACCAGAGAGACGGCGUCUUAGUUUCCAAGCAGUGGAAGAGAGCAGUGAAAGUGAGGUGACACCUUCCUCAUCCCCUAGAAUGCAAACAAGGAUCUUAAAGGUCAGCACUGUUUCAUCCAGCAGUGAGGAGAAAACUGAAGGGGCUGAUUCUUCCAUUGAAGAUGAUGAGUUCAUCCGCAAGCAGAUUUUGGGUAUGGGUGAUGAGAGCUACAUGUCUUUAUCAGAAGAUGAGAAAGAAAACACUUUGGAAAAUGUGGAAGCUUUGAAGGACAACACACUUGACAAUGCAUCUAUAAAAUCUAAAUCUUUGUUUAACAAGGAUGAAGUGGAUCUUGACUCUCAAAUCCAGACCGAAGUGUCCAAGAAGGAUGAUACAACUUCUCAAAACAUUCCAGAAACUGUUCCAAAUACUACUUUUAAGAAAGCUACUCCUGUAAUGAGGCAGCGACAAAGCACUGAUGAAGAAAUAGAGAGUAUCACAGAAUCAUUGUCAAAGGGUUCAUCCAGUGUUCAAGUUUCAAGCAUUACUCCAGGGUCUUCCCCUACAUCAGUUUCAUCUUUGGAGGAGGACAGUGAUAGUAGCCCAUGUAAAAAGAAAUUUAGUCAGCAAAGACAGCAUCGUAAAGGUAGACACAGUCAGAUUAAGCCUCUCUCUAUUAUAGAUAACUCCUCUGAUGAAGAAAAGACAAAGAAUCAUGAAAAACAUCUGUCUUCACUCAGCGAUGUGUCCUCUACAGAAGAUCUACGACAUGUGACUGUCAUGGAUGAACGUAAUAAAAAAUCUGGUACUGAGUGUUCCGCCAGUAUAGAAUUUGAACCAGAUAUUAAGAGGGCUGUACAAAAAGGACGGAAACCUUCAACAACAGUCAUACCUUAUACCCCUUCUGAUCAAUUUGAAGAAAAAGGCACAGUAGGAAAAUCAUUGAAGAGUGCUGAAGAAGCAUACGAGGAAAUCAUUCAGAAAACAAAAGCCAUUCCAGGAGAAAGUCCCCCUGAUAUUGAACCACUCUAUGGAGGACUGGCAAUAGAGGACUAUCUUUAUGAAUCUUUAGUGGAGGAGCCAGAAAUGAAACUAAGCGAGACUCAAGAUGAAGAACCCCAGUUUGACACAGCUUCACAAUCUAUUAAAAAGCUCAGAUCCCCAGAGGAGGUUUAUGAGGAGAUGAUGCAAAAGAAAAGGGAAUUGAUGAUGAUAGAGCAAGAAUUUCAACAGGCUUGGACAGCAAUGGAUUCUUCCUCAAUCGAGGCUGUGGUUCAUGAGCUUCCUGUUGACGCUGAAACUUGCGUGGUGACCAUAUCUAGUGAAGAUAUACCUUCUGAAGAUACACAGAUCACUGAACAAAAGGAUAUAUCUCCUUUAGUUAUGGAUACUUUAAGUGAAUUACCAGCAAAGAGAAAGAAACGUCCAGCCCCCCCACGCCCCUCUGAGCCCCCUAAGCGCACUGAUGUAACAGUUUUUCAUAGUGCUCCCAGUGCAUCCAUAACUUUUAUCAGGCCUAUGGUUCCUCAAGAUCCUGCACUUAGAAAGGCAUUGUUCCCAAUACCAGACCUGAAGAUUACUCAGUGCUCAUCUGGUGAAGAAGAGGAUGAUAGUCUUGCAGAUGAGUAUGCCAUAGGUAUUUCCUCUGAUAUUACUCCCAGUGAUGAUUCUGAAACCAACGAGGAUCACUCCAUAAGUCCAUCUUUGUCUGACUCUAAUGAGAUAGAGCCUAUAGGUGUUAUAUGUGAAAUACCAGAGCCAAAACCGAUUCCAACUCCUAUAUCAGCCCCAGAACUAACAACUACACCUUCAUCUGUUUCACCAAUAUCUCCCCCAACAUCACCAGCUGCUCCAGAUUCAAGUAUGGCUUCAAAUGUCUCAUCAUCCUCAUUUCAGGCUCGAACACCGAUUUCAUCUGAUUCAACUCCACUGUCCACACCAACUCUUCCAACUUUAAUAAAAGAUCAGUUAGUUGAAGAAUCGUCAUUGUCUAAUACAAGCGAAGUAAUUUCGUCAAAAUGUGUUCCUUAUCCCCCCUCAGUGACUGUUAUAGUCACAAUUCCAGAUAUAGUUUCUGAUCCAUCUAAAGUUCAAAUGACAGAGGACCUUCAAAUUAUUCCUUCUUCAGCAAAAGUCCAACCCCCACCUCUGUCUGAGACUUUAUCUGCUGUAACCCCUAAAGUUCAAAUGCCAGAUUUGGUUUCCACUCCAUCACAAGUAUCAAUAAACAUUGAAGCUGUUUUACAAGUCUCAGCACAAAGUCCACCCCCCAUCAUUGUCUCAGCCCAGCCUUUAGCCCAAGACAUAGCUACACCUAUUGUUGUCACAACAGCAGCUUCAUUGAACACAAUCUCAUCUACAGCCUCUGAUGUGCCAUGCCCCGAGCCCUUAACAGUCCAGAUGCCAGAUUUGGUUUCAACACCACAACCAAUCUCAGCCCUAAUUACUACACCAACUCAAGCCCAGGCCACCGUAGUACAUUCAGUCCCUGUACAAUAUUCUGUUCCAUUAAUGAGGACAGUGGUGGUCCCAGCAAAGGCUCAACCUGACCAGGGAAUUAUAUCAUCUCUGGCAUCGACUACUAUUGUCAAAAAGAAAGUUCCUCCUCCACCCCCUCCUCGAUCCACUUCAGUUUCAUUACCUGAGACCACUAACGAGAUGCCUCAUGUAAAGACUGUUAUACCAGCUGUAGCAGCUAAGGUACCUGCAGUGACUGCCCCGCCAAUGCAAUCUGUCGUUGUAGAUAUACAACGAAGAAUGGAAGUUGUGCAAUCAGGGAAUGUACCUGUUCCCCAAGUUGUGACCCCAACCAGACAGGGCCAUGUAGUCAUUAUUGUUCCAAGUAUGGAAAAUAAAUCUCUUCUUGAAAAAACCAAACUGAGUAGUUAUGAUGCAGAACCAAACGUUGCUUCACACAUAUGUGGUAGUCAAGAAACUACGAAUGAUACAGUCAGUACAGACACUUCAGGUGUGCCUUUGCGCUCAGCUCCGCCACUUCCACCUAAACCUACAUAUGGGGAAAAGGUUGUAUCAACUGAAGAAGUACCCCAUGUUGCAGCCAAAACUCUAUCAUACCCAACUUCUGUACCUGAACUAACUGGAAGCACUGUUCCCACUCUAGUCACAAACACUAUAGCAUCAAUCGACACUGUUUCUGGAACAGAGUCAAUUCCUUGUCAUCUUGCUAAGCCUCCCCCACCCAUACCACCCAAGCCUGUUUUAAUUCCAGCUGGCCUGGUUUUCACCCACAAGCCAGGCGAGAAUGUUAAGCCCCCUCCUCCUCUUGUUGCACCCAAAGCAGCAACACUGCCUCGGAUGAAAGAACCCCCAAAAGUCCUGUCACUUAGCCUUGCAAGACCUUUGGAAACUAAAUUGGGUGCAACAUCUCCCAAGUCACCUGUGUCCCCUAGACAUGCAAAAUGUUUACAGACAUAUGUGGUGAUUACUCUACCAUCUGAGCCAGGUUCUCCAACAGAGACCAUAACAGUUCAGGCACCUGUGAGGCGAGGAUCAAUACCCCCUUCUACAGGAUCAGACAUUCAAACUACACUACCAGAGCAGAAGACGCCCACUGAGGUCCUUUCAGCACAGCUUGCAGUUAGGCGGGCAUCUGUACCCACUGUAACCCAUCAACCCCAGAUUAAAAAAAUAUCAGCUACGGGAGCAGAGGAAGGGAAAACAUCUGAGAUGGUGACUGCCAAAGUGCAAAUGAGGGAAAAUUCUGUGCCCUCUGCUAUACACCCACUACUUCCUGUUGCAGAUGUUAUAACAGUGUCAUCGGAUCAAAAUGCCUGCAUCAUGGCACAUGCUGUAGCGCCUACUAUCAAGAAACCCUUUAUGAAGCAACAAGAGUUAAUUAAUGAGCUCCAGAAACCUCCUGAUCCAACAACAGAAGUAAUGCCAAAGCCUACAGGGCCUAUAGGUACUCUCGAUCUGACACACCAAUCCAUUGUAAUUGAUCAAUUUCAAUCAAGUGUAUCUCAACAACCUUGUGUAAUAACAGAAAUUGUAACAGUUUCUCCAAAAACUUUAACUGAAGAUCCAGUUUUUCAGUCAACCAAAUCAAUUGCCACUGUGCAACCACAAUGUAUAGGGGAAGCUGUUGCACCACAGCAGCCUGAAACACUUUUAGAAGUAGUUGUUCAUCAUAGACCACCUACACAAUAUCCAAUUGAUCAUAAUGAGAAAUGUUUAGCACAAACAGAUGUACAGGGUGUUGAGAAUACAAAACAAGAUGUAAGUAAUCAUGUCCCAGAGGAAGUUCUGAUUCCAUCAGCAAUGCCAGACAACAGUCAUAAAAUUGCAGCUGAAGAAGCAGACACAGCAAUUGAAGUGGUUGUACACUCUACAAAAGAACACAUACCAGGGAAUUCUAAAGAUGCAUACUCCCUAUCUGAACCUGCAAAUCAACAAAUUGAUCAAAUUUUAGAAAAUUUGGUUGUGGUGACAGAGCACCAAUUCACACACAAGUCGAAGCUUAUGGCUGAAGAGAUCCCACUGCCUACAACAUUUGAAUAUAGCACAGAAGAUGUUUCUACUGACCCUGGUGUUAAGGUACCUGAGGCUGCUGUAGUGUCUCCUGUACCUCAUCCUCUCACUGCUGCUGUGGUUGUGACUAUGGCCUCUAAAGUACCUGAGGUAAUGCCACAACCUACAGAUCAUGGUGCUGUGACUAUUACAAGUGGUGGUCAAUCACCGCCAUAUCUGUUGCAUGGAAUUCAAACAUACCCAGAUAUUAGUUAUACUCCCCAGCAGUAUGGGACAAUCACAGUCACAGCAACGUCACAUCCUAUAUCCCUGGAGGAAACACCGUUGCAAACUCAAAACGAAACUCUUUCAAAGUUAACAUCCAUGGACAGUGGUCACUGGACAAAAGAAUCCAUUGCCAUGCAACAACCAAAACAGAUUGCAGAAAUAAUUAAUAUGCCAUCUGAAAAGGAUGUUUCAGCAUGUGGUUAUAUAGCACAUAGCCUCUACAAGAAGGAAUCCAUUCCAAUAACAGAACAGCAACAGGAAUCCUUGAUCUAUCCAUCUGAAUAUAAUCAUCCAUUGCAGACAAUAACUCAAGAAGCAAACAUCAUAAGAAGCUCUAUACCUUCUGCUCCACACAUUCCACUGAGUACAUCUGCAGCUCCAGUAACCAUCACCAAAAUUCAACAAGAGUCAAUUGAGAGUCAAGAAAUAAGAGGAUCAGAAAAGCUGGUAUCUAGUAGGAGUCAUAUGUAUUCCUCAUCGAUUUCCACCUCAGGCAAGCCCCCUGAAAGCUUAUCUAGUCGGGUCACUCAAGUGGUUACCACCGAAGUGCAACGGACCACUGUUUCUGUUGUCCAUGAAAAACUUCAACAGGUUCCUCCACAGCCAAUAGCAACCACUAUACAACCAGACAUAUCAAAAGUUCAAACUUUGCCUAAACAAAAUAGCAAGAUUAUGUAUCCUGGGGAUGUUAUUGAUUUACGUACUAUCAAGUCUGGCAUAAAAAUGACCGAGCAAGGUAUGGACCUGACACAAACUGAGUCUAGUCGGCAAUCUGUUUCUUCUGAGUCAAGUGGACGUCAUAUAUCUGCAGUACAGUCCGAGAUCGUAAAUCUUAGUGCAGAGCUUACUCCUGCAACAACACUGUCUGUGGUUACUGAUAGUAUCACAAUAGUCACAUGUACUGCAACGAUUGCUUCAUACAAUAUUCCUGCAGAGAAACCACUUGAUUUGCAGGGCCCUGUUGCAUCACUACCUUUGCCUCUCACCACAUCAACAUACAAACCAUUUGAACCACUUGCGCAAAUUGUUUACAGACCAGUGAAGACCCCAUCUGCAUUCACUGAUGAAGUAUCUACAGCUCAGGACCUACCCAUCAAUCUUUCCUUUGAAGCUCUAGUCACAUCUGGAGGAAAACAGCCAUUGACUUCAGCUCAAAAAAUUACUGGCAAUGAAAGUCCCAUUAUAUCUCUUGAGGCUACAGGAGCCAUGGAUUUAUCAAAUUAUAAACCAGUGACAGCUAUGGUAGCAUUGUCUGAUACAGGCUCAGGAGUGGUGACCUCAGUUUUAGAGGAUGAUGGAGUUCCAAUUGACCUUACUGCUGGCAGAAGAAGCAUUUGCUGUGAUGUAAUUUACAAGCUACCAUUUACUGGAAGCUGCAGAACACAACCUCCAGUAACAACUCAACCCGACACCCAUUUUGGCUUCGAAGAUCAAGCUGGACUGUAUAAAAUAAAAGGGACUAAUGGAAUGAAAGCAUCGUUGUCAGAGACCAAUUUGACAAACACAGGUCUUCGCUUCUGUAAUCUUGAAAAUGACUACUUUGGUGGAUCUUCUGAUGCAGCCAUGGACCUAACUGCUGCUAAACUUUCAGCUGAUGCAUGUGUUUGCCUGCGUGUACUGCCCCAAUAUUUUGGUUUUGCAUCUUGCUAACCAAAAUACCUCCAUAUAUGCCUGUGCAGUGGACCUUUUUUUACCCCAAAUGCAUGAUCCUGAUU